GUGUAUGUAUGUUUAUUUAAGAGCAGAUUAAUAAUUCAGUUUUAGAUCCUUCUGUUCGAAAUUAUAGAAACUUUAGUUUAAGGCGUGUGAUUUGAUAUCUAAUUGUAAAUAUGAGUGCUGUAUCGAGUAGAAUGGAUCCGAACCUUACUGGUUUGUGGGUUAAUUUCUUUACCGCGGCUGGAAUACCAUCAGAAGUAGCUGCUACGUACGCCCUUACCUUUACGGAAAACAGAAUUCAGAAUGAUAUGCUUUUGGAUCUGAAUAAGGAAUAUCUUAGAGAUAUGGGGAUUGCUAGAAUGGGAGACAUCAUAGCUAUUUUACGGCAUGCAAAACAGGUACACGAAAGUACAGCAAGAGACAGAGUGUUAAGUACAACGGCUGUCAGUAAUAAAGUACCAGUAGCAGCUGUGACUGGCCGGUCAACAGUAACACAGCCCUCAUCUCCUGCAAGUCGUAUAUUGGAGCACUACACUCGAAAUCCGCAGGUUCAGGAUACUUCACCAGUAAGAGCUCCACAGCAAAAGAGAAAAUCUAUUGAGAUGGCUGCUGAAGACUCGAAUAUAAAAAAGGCGCGUCUCAUUCGAUUUGGUUCACCCCCAAUGCCAAGUAAAAUAGAAAAAGAAGCAGCACAAGGAAAAACGGUAUUUGCAAGACUCGGUAACUCAGAAGCUGUGAAAGCUGCCCCCCAAAAAGUAGUCAACAAACAAGUCUUCUCCCGGCUCGGGAACAAGGACUCGGAGAAGAUUCCGAUCGUCCCAAUCGAGAAAGACGCUCUCAAGUACGAAGGUAUAUUGAAAAGUUCUCCGCCUACCAAGAAGGUAUUCACCGUCACCACAUCCAUAAACAACGUGAGGAAGAUAGCCGUCGGCACCAUGAGGGCCGAUGAAGCUCCGGUCAGUGUGAAAGAUAAAUUAGCUCUCGCGAAAACUAAGUCGGUAAAAUUUUCCAAUCACGUGGAGUACAAAGAAAUCGAUACGAGCAAGAAACCUCCAGUGGCGGCCAAGCAGAAGUCGACGCCGGUCUUCAACAAGCCCGAGAGGCGCCUGUCUAUGCCCGACGCGAGUGGCAACGGAGUCAAAGCGCGACUCGGAAUUAAACAUCAAAGCAAGAAUAAGUUUCUAUUAACUCGUAAUGUUUUCAACAGAUUAGGUGCUUGAUAUAUCGAAAUAUUGGUAAAGUGAGGUUUUAUCUGAUAUUUCUCGAGUGAGAAAGAAAUUAAUUAAUAGUACACUUAAAGAAUUUAUGAGAUCUAUUUGAAAGCAGAUUGUUUGAAAGCUUCGUGAGAGUUCAGAGUAAAAGUUGGGAGUGAAUAAAAAGAGGAAAAGUUGUUUUAUUAACACAGUUUUACAAUUAAGGGUUAAUUAUUUAAACAGUUCUCUGUCUUCUUCUUUCGUCUAUCGUAUUCAAUGAUGUCAGAAAGAGAUAAAUUAGUGUUUCUCUAAACACCCACUAAACAACCUAAAUAAAGUCUAGAGUUAUGUCACCUCUUAAGGUGAUCUUUGUUUGAAAUAAUAAAUAUUUGGAAUAAAAAAGAAAUUGUGCGCGCAAAACUAAAAUUAAAAAUUAAGUUUUCAAAUUAUUUUUAGUACCUUAACUGUAUUUUUGAAAAAUUGCUUGUUGUUUUUUAUGAUUACUGAACGGUGCUUCAAAUGAAAUAGUCUCAUUCGCUUUAUUCAGGGGUUCAUGUGGCUUAGGAGAACCCUCACUAUUUUGCCUGACAAUAUUACAUAAUAUUUCAUUUCUUUAUAUUCAUUUUGUUAAUACGAGAUUGUAAAGUGAGUCGCGCGACUCAACUCACUCGCGAAUUUAAACCCUUCAAUCGAAAUUUUGCACACAUUUUGGUGCCGGUGACAAUAUAAUCUGUUAGCUGGACCAUGUUGUGCAGGAAUGAUCCCCAAA